GCGGUCUUGGCGGCGCGCUAGAUAUACGGAUGAGUCUGAACUUGCGGGUGUGCAAGGCGCAGAUGAGCUGUUUGUUUCCUGCCCGGGUUACGUCUGUGCGGCUCUUUGCCAGCCAGCCCAUAUCAUCUGGAAAAAGGAUUCCUUGCAAUAUUGUAACGACAACGCAUGCAAGCCAUAGUGAAGACAUGCAUCUUCAAUGGACGGUCCUCAUCGUAUGGCUUAUUUCAGGUACAUUAGCAGGUACCAUCGAAAGUUCCAAUGACUACGUGGACACACUAUUAGAGAUGUGGGUACCAACAUUCGCCCGUGCUUCAGGCAUGGAACGGGUUCCUCUAGACAGCUUCAGUUUCGUCAUCUUGAAGAACUGGAGGCCGAAGCGAAACAUAACUGCGGAGUUUUCGAGAGGAGUACUUGGUGGCCUAGACACUCCAACGGGUCUGUCUCGAGCGGGAGACUGCACAGCCCCAACAUUGCAGUUCGGUAACAUAACCGUCGCCUGCUACGUGUCACUGGACGGACUUGAAGUAAGGUACCAUGGCUACAUCAAGGGAGAAAUCAUCACGCCAAACACAAUUGGAGCAGAGGCGUCGUUGCACGGGGCGAAAGCGUAUAUGGAGGUGACAUCUGCGUUGGGUGAGCCACCCGCCUUGAAAGCCUGGAGCAUUCUGCCCUUCUACGUUACCGUUAAGUUUUCACGGAAGCUAAACCUACGUACGACGCCAGAUGAGCAAUUCGAAGCCGCAGUCGAAAGGAACAUAAAUACUGCCGUCGUACGUGCAUUCUACGGUCCUGUUCAGCGCCUCAUCAGCUCUACAGUUAGGGAAGAAAAGUUGCCCUUGCCUAAGCUCAUGACAGAGCCUAUAGCCAGAAAAGUAUGAAUAUGGAGGUCGAGUGCACUUUCCUGUUGCAGGCAGCCGUAUGUAUUGUGUUUACUUCUCUCGUCCACUGGGAACUGUACGGACCGCGAGCACUGCCCAUUAUUCACUACCGAUUCCUCUUCUGUCACGAACAAAUCUCCCUAGGCCGAUCGAAGGAUGCUCCGUAGAGCCUCAAUCACGCUAAACCAUACUUCCGCGGCAAUUAUUUUAGACUCAGCAGCAUCAAGAGUAUUAGGAAUCAUGAUAUGAAAAUAAAUGACUUGUUUAUAAAGAACA